ACUGCCGGAGGGAGAUUAAAGCCAGGUUAGCGUACGGACAACACGCAGCCGGUCGGGCAGCAUCUCUGGCGAGAGAUGAAUCAGUAAUCGACGUUUCUGGUGGAGAGCCUUCCUCAGGAACGGAGAGGAAGCGGCAGAAGCCGGAAUAAAAGCCAGGGACACCGUGAGGUGGAGAGGGGCUGGUUCCUGACCCCUGACCCCGGUCAGAGAGCAGGUGGGGCCGAUCCCUGACCCAUAGGGGAGCGCGGGAGGUAUCGACCCCUGACAGGGCAGCUGUGUGAGUCAAGAUAGACCUGCUCAGGAUGUGAACUAUCAACUGGAGAGGUUGAACAGUGCACCAGGAACACGGAGGAGGCUCGGGCACUGAAUAUAACGGUGGGAGAACCUAGCCUUUGAGACUGAAAUACCCCUUAACCUGAUGCCUGCUCAGGGCAGCUCUAACCAUGUCCCGUCGAUCAGCGGACAGCGUGCGGACGUAUGACUGGACCCAGCCCCAGACUCGACGUCGCUUGGAAGAGAUCUUCUUUGGGGAAAACGGCUUCAUCCGAGCUGGCAGUAAAGAAUGCGAGGAAUUCUGGCUCUUCCUGGGGCGCUAUCAAAAAUUUCAGGAGCGAGCGAGGGAGAGGAGGGCAGAGCAGCAGGAGAGGGAGAAAGGGAGUGAGGGUGGGGAAGGGUGGAAUGAGAGAACAGAGAGGGAAGAUGGAGAGAGUGAGAGAAGGGGAAAGGGGGAGAGUAGACAGAGGGAGAGCAGAAAGGGAGAAGAUAGGGAGAGGGAGAAAAAAGAUGGAGGGAGCGAGAGAAGGGGAAGAGGAGAAGAUAAGAGGGAAAGAGACAGAAGGAGCGAGAGAAGGGGAAGAGGAGAGGAUACAAGGAGAGAGGGAGAUGGAGGGAGUGAGAGAAGGGGCAAGGAUAGGGGGAAGGAGGAACAGGUACGACUGGAAUUUCCGGCCCAGUAUAAUAUGCGCUACCGCAUCAACCUGUCGGUGCUGGGGAGCAGUCGGGGGUCGGUGGGGGAGGACUGGCCCCUCCCCGAGGAGCAGCGAGCUGCCUUCCGCCUGGCCCUGGUGCACUUUGCGGACUUCGGGCAGAAGCAGGCGUUCGGGCGACUGCGGCGGCUGCAGGAGGGCCGGCGUGCCCUGCCUGUGACCGCCUACCGGCCCAGGCUGCUGCAGCUGUGCCGGGAGUGCCCGGUGCUGGUGGUGGCCGGCGACACCGGCUGCGGCAAGUCCACCCAGGUGCCGCAGUUCCUGCUGGAGGCCUGGGGCCGCGCCGGGGCCGGCCGGGUGGCCUGCACGCAGCCUCGCCGCAUCGCGUGCGUCUCACUGGCCCGCCGGGUGGGGCUGGAGAGCCUGGAGCCCGGCACGGUGGGAUACCAGGUCCGCUUCGACUCAUCGCCCACCCCCGGGGCCCGCCUCUGCUUCCUGACCGAGGGGCUGCUGCUGCGCCAGCUGCAGUCCGGCCCCUCUGCGCUGAGCCGCUACCGCACUGUCAUCAUGGACGAGGUACAUGAGAGACACCUGCACACUGACUUCCUGCUGGGGGUCCUGAGGCAGCUGCUGGACUCCCCCCAGGCCCCCGGCUCCUUCCGCCUCCUGCUCAUGUCAGCCACCAUCAAUAUCAGCCUCUUCUCUCGGUAUUUCGGUGGCGCCCCGGUGCUUCAGGUCCCUGGCAGGCUGCACCCCAUCAAGGUGAUCUACCAGCCCGUGCAGAGUGAGGAGGGCGGCUCGGGUUCGGAGCGCCUGGACCCCAGGCCGUACCUGAGGGUGAUGCAGAGCAUAGAGGAGCGUUACCCGGCGGAGGAGCGCGGGGACCUGCUGGUCUUCCUGAGCGGCGUGGCGGAGAUCGGCAUCGUGGCCGAGGCGGCCCGCACGCUGGCGGCCCUCACCAAGCGCUGGAUCGUGCUGCCACUGCACAGCGGGCUCUCCGCGCCCGAGCAGGACAAGGUCUUCGACGUCGCACCAACGGGUGUCCGGAAGUGCAUCGUGGCGACCAACAUCGCCGAGACGUCUGUUACCAUCGACGGCGUGCGGUUUGUCAUCGACUCCGGGAAAGUGAAGGAGAUGAGUUUCGACCCGAAGGCCAAGAUGCACCGCCUUCAGGAGUUCUGGAUCAGCAGAGCCAGCGCAGAGCAGCGUGCCGGCAGGGCGGGGCGGACAGGGCCGGGGGUGUGUUACCGGCUCUACGCCGAGUCCGACUACCAGGCCUUCGCCCCCUACCCCAUCCCCGAGAUGCAGCGGGUAGCUCUCGAUGCUCUGGUCCUGCAGAUGAAGAGCAUGGAGCUGGGGGACCCGCGCACCUUUCCUUUCAUCGAACCGCCUCCACUGGCCAGCGUGGAGACGGCCAUCAGCUAUCUGCAGGAGCAGGGCGCUCUGGACAGCGCGGAGAGCCUUACGACCGUCGGGAGACUCCUGGCGCACCUACCGGUGGACGUGGUCAUUGGGAAGAUACUGAUCCUGGGCAGCACCUUUGACCUGCUGGAGCCAGUCCUGACCCUGGCCGCGGCCCUGAGCGUCCAGUCCCCAUUCGUCAGGCAGGCCAGUCCCGAUUGUGCGACCGCCCGUAAGCCGCUGGAGAGUGACCAGGGAGAUCCCUUCACCCUGCUCAACGUCUUUGAAGAGUGGCUGCAGGUGAAGUCACUGAGGGGCAGCAACAGUCGGAAAUGGUGCCGGCGGAGAGGACUUCAGGAGCAGCGUCUGUAUGAGAUGGUGAACCUGAGGAAGCAGUUCAAGACGCUGUUGAAGGACCAUCGGCUGCUGGAGGAGGAGGGCGGCUCUGGCAGAGACAGCUACCAACGGCAGAAGCGACACCGGGAGCGUCAGGAGCUGCGGCUGGUGAAGCGGCAACACGAGCAGCAAGAUGGGCGCAGGCGCAAGGUGCUGCGGCUGGAGGACGAGGAGCAGGGGUCCUCGGAGGACGAGGGCUCGCACCGUUCAGAGGGCCAGCGCGGUGAGGUGGACAUUCAGGAUGUGAAUUUUAAGCUGCGCCACGACGUGAAUGAGCUGUGCGCCGCGGCGCUCUCCCAGCGGCUCUCCGCUCGCUCUUUCCAGCUGCUGAAGCUGCUGGUGUGUCGCGGUCUCUACCCUCAGCUGGCCGUGCCGGACGAGUUCAACAGCCGGCGCAAGGACUCUGAGCAGAUCUUCCACACCCAGAGCAAGGCAGGCGUUGUGCUCCAUCCCACCGGUGUGUUCAACUCCACUCCGAGCCUGCUGCAUGUUGACGAGGAGGGGGACGGCUGCAGAGACGCACCGGGUCAGAGGUCAGAGCAGAGCAACCAGCACCAGCUGCUUGCCUUCGUCUCGUUGCUGGAGACAAACAAACCCUACCUUGUGAACUGUGUCCGUGCCCCCGCACUGCAGUAUCUCCUGCUGUUGGCGCGCUCCCUGGACACAAGCGCAGACUGUGGCCGACUGGUUGUGGAUGGAUGGCUGGAACUGGUGUUGGCUGACCCGGGUGUGGGUGUGCAGCUCCUGUCCAACGUCAUGAGGCUGCGGGACAGGUGGGAGCAGGUCCUCACCGACCAGAUUAAACUGACGGAAAGGCACGGCGGCCAGGAGGACGAGGAGAAGCUGCGUGAGCUUCGGCGCUCGAGGGAGUCAUUGUGCCGGAAACUCCUGGGCUUCCUGGAGGCUGAGGUACCAUACUCCAUUCGCCAGUUGACAGGGCUGGAGAGGCAGAACCUGUUUGUGGGGCCGCAGCUGGUGACAGACAUGCCCUUGUUGGAGGUGCUGAGGGCUGGCAAGGAAUGCCGUCCCCAUCCACUGAAGGGAGGCCUGGCAGUGAACGACUAUUUGACCUACAACUGCUUGGCGGGCCAGGACCUCUACAGUGGCUGUUUACGGACCUUCUGGACCUGCCCGUGCUGUGACCUCCGACUCCCCUUCACUCCCCUUGAGCGGUGGCAGCACGAGGCUGAGUGUAGAGAGAAGGUCAAGGAGGCCGAGCAGGCAGCCUCAGACAGCAGCCUGGGAUCAGGGCCCAGCGCGAAUCAGGCUCUCCUGAAGCCUUUCCACUGUGACCACUGCCAACAGGACCUGCUCCUCACCCCCACCCAGAUCCUGAGGCACAAGCGGCAGCACCGGUGAGAGGUGCCGGUUCUCGGGAGCGCCGUGGCUACGGCGACGGCCUGCGGAACAACCAGAGCUCAGGAUGAAGGCCAGUCGUUUCUGCGCUUACAGCCAGCGGAACAGUCGAGACUCAGGUGCAGAACGGUCUGUUGUUUCGGCGCUGAAGGCCGGUGAGAGCGGCCUGUGCUCUGGUGGAGGACGGCCGGUCAUUCUCUGCGUGAGCAGCCGGUCGUUUCCUGCUUGCGCUUACCGUCAGCGGUGAGCCUGCCGGGCGGGACGGGACAUGGGGGCUUGACUGGGGGUUAGCUGUUGUCCAGCGCUCUGCUGAAAAGUCAGUUGUCCCAGCUGAAAUGGGUUUGCUGUGUGUACUGCAUUGCCGGUCAAAUCUCCCCCCCGACCUACACACAGCAGGGCGCUGAGCUCAAGCUGGGUGGUCACGUUGGUGUUAACUAAAUCUGUGUACACUCGUUGAACAGAUCUAAGAAACUAAAAAUAAAGCACAUUAACAGGCUGAGCCACACUGAUGUAAUUUUCCCACAUUAGGACAGCGUCACUCUGUACCUCUGUCAGUUUAAGUGCUUCCUGCAGAUUGUGAGAUUGCAUCUGUGGCUGCAGUUUCGACAUGCCUACCUUAUCCAGCUAACCCUGUGUGAAACAGUUGCCCCCUCAAAUCUCCUCACACCCUUUAAGCCAGCCUGCUGGGGCAGGGCCGUCUCCUGCCCCCGGGGCUGCACCUCGACACCUGCAGGUGUUUGGAAGCUGUAGUUGAGAGUGGGAGGGGAUGGUGGGGGUUGGAACGGAGGAGAGCUGCCGUGUCAGAAUGGACAUAAGUUGUUAUUUA